AUGAAAUUUCUGCCUCAGUGACUAAUGGUACACAGAUGUCCAGCCAGCAGAUAACCAUGUGGCUGCAGGGUCUGCUCCUGUUCGCGGUCGUAUGGGCUGUGGGUGGGACCAUCACUGGGGACAGCUGUAAGAAGGUUGAUGUCUUCGACUGCAAUCUGAUCAUGGACAUGGACGAUGAGCACCCUAGGCCUAAGACAUCUUCCCUGAGAGAGAUGAUCUAAACAUGCCAGCUAAGGAAGUCUACAGAGCCCAACCCCCAAUCGAGCUGCUAAGGCAAUGGAUUGACCAUCAUCACUGCUAUGACAAGAAGGACAUCUCCAGACUGAACAUAGUGGACAUGCUGUUUACGUCUGCAAUGGGGCCUCCUGGUGGUGUCAUAAAUGACAUUACAGGCCGCUUCACCUGCCACUUGAAUAUCAUCUCAAUUGAUUGCUUUGAUGAUGAAACGCUGACCAAGAUAUUCACUUCCAUUACUGACUGGCACUUCAGCAAGGGCUUUGAUCCCUCCUUCUUCAGGCUUGGCAAGAUGUUGAUCCAGGCGACCAUGGCAGUCUGUGAGGAUACUGUGGACAGCUUCCUCCCCACCCCGUCUACGUCCCACUACAUCUUCAACCUGUGGGACCUUGCGCGAGUGAUACAGGGUGUGCUUCUGGCUCCACAUACACACAUGCAGACUCACUCAUGUGGUGCGCAUCAGCCUGGUAAACAUCCUCCAAGCUUGGAGGGGCCAGAUUGUUAUGUGUGCUGAACUUGAGAAUGUUUUCAACAGUAUGGUCUCGGGCAAGGUGCCCGCUAUGUGGGCAGCCAAGUCGUACCCCUCUCUCAAGCCACUGGGGAGCCAUGUGAUGGAUCUCAUAGCCAGGCUGCAGUUCCUACAAGUCUGCAUAGAUAACGGCCCACCUACAGUCUUCUGGCUCUCUGGCUUCUACCUCACCCAGUCAUUUCUUACUGGAGUGGCUCAGAAUUUUGCCAGGAAGUACACCAUCCCCAUAGACUACAAUGGCUUUGAAUUUCAGCCAUGUUGUUAUUUUGCUAACAUAGUAAUUGGGGAGUCCCCCCCCCCAAGAUCCUCUUUGACUCUUUGCCCAUCAUUAAGCUUAAACCGAGAGAAAUGGCCAAGUUUCACCAUGAAAACAUCUACAUUUGCCCUGUUCAGCACCUGCAGAGGGACAUUGUC